AUGGAGGAGCAAACACAACAUCAGGAGAAUCCGGCGCAGGAGACUGCCGCACCCAGCGACAACACCCCUGCCACAGCGCCGGAAACCGUCGUCCCUCACCAUCCUCUACCCGAUACCUCCAACGGCUUCGGACCCAGCAUGCAAGCCGCGCCCAUGAACCAGGUGCUUCCUGAAGCCCUACAGGAGGUCAUCCCCGGAGGCAUGCCCACUGGAGAUCUGCCCCCCAACAUGCUUCCGGGAAUGUUCCAGGCGGCCCAGAUGUUCAUGCCGGAGCUUUUACAACAACAAGGUGCACAAGUGUAUGACCAAAGCGGCGUUCUUCAAGGUCUUCCUGUUGCCGCUGCUCCGGCCAUAAGCGCAGAUGAGAUUGCGCUCUAUGACCGUCAGAUCCGCCUUUGGGGCAUGAAGGCCCAGGAGAAGAUCCGCAACGCAAACAUCCUCCUCAUCACCAUGAAGGCACUCGCGAACGAAAUUGCCAAGAACCUCGUCCUCGCCGGUAUCGGAUCCCUGACCAUCCUCGACGGCGCUGCCGUCUCGGAAUCGGACCUGGGCUCGCAGUUCUUCCUCUCUGAAGAGGAGAACCACGUCGGUCAAAACCGCGCACAAGCCGCAGCCGCCGCCAUUCAGAAACUCAACCCCCGUGUGCAGGUGCACGUCGAUGCCGAGGGAAUCAAGUCCAAGGGCACGAGCUACUUCUCUGCCUUCGACAUCGUCAUCGCCACCGACCUGGACCCCGACUCCCUCAACAUCAUCAACACCGCCACCCGCCUGCACCAGAGAUCGUUUUACGCCGCCGGCACGCAUGGCAUGUACGGCUUCAUUUUUUCCGACCUGAUCGAGCACGACUACGUCAUCGAGAGAGACCUCGGCAAUGUCGCGACAAAGCUGGCGCCCGAGACGAGAACCCGGAGCGUCGUCGCCGUCAACACAAAAAAGGAGGGCGGCAAGACGAUCGAGGUGGUGACGAAGCGUGAGCUCUACUCGACAUGGUAUCUCGCCAGUGACGGUGCUACCCUGCCCGAGGAGUACGCAAAGAGCGCGAGGAGAAAGAAGGCGGUCAGCCCCGUCAUCUCCUGCCUACGGGCACUAUGGGAUUUCCAAGUCCUCAACAGCGGCCGGCUCCCUAGCCACACCAAGGAGGACCUCGGGCUGUUCACGAAGCUCGCCACGGCCAAGCACGCCCAGCUGGGCCUUCCGUCCGAGACUCUUCGCUCCGAGGUUCUGCGUAGCUUCCUACAGAACAUCGGCAGUGAGAUGGCCCCCAUCACCGCCAUCCUCGGCGGCCAGCUGGCGCAGGAUGUCAUCAACGUCCUCGGCCAGACCCAGCAGCCCAUCCAGAAUAUGGUCAUCUUCGAUGGUAACAGCAUGGAGGCAUCGGUUCUCCCGCUGCACCCCGUCGGCGAACUGGGCCGUGGCCUGCUGUCACUCGCCGCCCCCGGCGGCCUCGUCCAGAACGGAGGAGGCAUGGUUCCCGGCGACCCCAGCAUGAUGAUGAGUAUGGACGGCGCCAUGGACUUCAACAACCAUAUCCUUACACAGUAG